CGGGCUGGAGCACAUAUCAGCCAGAACAAAGGAGUCUUGAAGCGAGGAAUGAGCGAGUCGAGACUAGCUCUGCGUUCGCCUCUGAAUCGCGGCCAAAUGCCUCAGUGAGAGACCGACGGUACCACAGCGGCUGCUCGCAUUUUCUCGACGAAGCUUUCCGCCCCGAAAAGGGAGAAAGAAGCAGGGACACAGAAAGAAGACGCGCACGGGGACGCACAAGUCGGCGGCUACGAUGUUUCCUCAGAACCGACCCCCGGCACCUCUGCAACCUCCCCCGGGGUCCUCCGCCUCGGUGGUGGCAGCGGCGGCGGCAGCGGCAGCGGCAGCUUCGGGGACGCCCCAGUCGCUGAAACUAACCUACCCAGAAACUCUGGACCGCAUCAAGGAGGAGUUUCAGUUCCUGCAGACCCAGUACCACAGUUUGAAGCUGGAGUGUGAGAAGCUGGCCACAGAGAAGACGGAGAUCCAGAGACACUACGUGAUGUAUUAUGAAAUGUCCUACGGCCUUAACAUUGAAAUGCACAAACAGCAUCAACAACAGGUGGUCCAGGCAAUGGAGCGCGCCAAACAGGUGACCAUGGGGGAGCUAAAUGCUUCGAUAGGGGUACGUGGGCUCCCCCCUCUGCCUCAUAGCCAGCAGCUCCAGGCCCAGCACCUCUCCCAGCACGCCCAGGGUCUGCCGGUGGGCCCACACCCGUCAGGACUGCCCCACCCGGGCCUGGCGCUGGGCGGAGGGUCCGGUCUGCUGGCCCUGUCCGGGGCUCUGGGGGCCCAGCUGGCUGCCAAAGACGAGAGAGCGCACCUGGAGGCAGCAGCCGCCGCCGCCGCCGCCGCAGAGCACCACAGAGACCGUGAAGCAGGACCAAGCUCUCUGUCCAAUGGGGAUAAGGGUCGGCAGGCAGACUACCUCAGCAACGGCAAGAAGAGGAAAGCUGAUGAGAAGGAGUUCAUGACAGACUAUGGCAGCGAUGCGGAUAAGAGUGAUGAUAAUUUGGUGGUGGAUGAGGACCCGUCGUCCCCCCGCAGCGUUCAGUCCUACUCGUCCAGGGAGAACGGUUUGGACAAGAUGCCUCCGUCCCGUAAGGAAGGUCCUCCGCAGGCCAGCCCCACCUCGCUGGCCUCGUCCAGCAGCGCCACCUCCCCGUCUCGUGGCAAAGAUCCCCCACAGAGGGAGAAGUCCAGCACUCCAGGUAUGAAGCCGGGGACCCCGAUGUCUCAGGAGUCCAACACACCAGGACCAAGCGGACCUCCACAGUUCAGACCGGUGCCGGGCAAGCCGGGCGUCGACCCCCUCGCUCUGGGUCUGAGGAACCCCCUGGCGGUGCAGGGAGCCUACCCUCCGGGGGCGUUCGGCCUGCCCCCUCCAGGGGUGAACGGGGACCUGCCCGGGGCGGCGGGCUACGGCGCCGGCCUCCACUUGGUGUCCCCGCAGAUGAACGGAGCGGCGGCGGCGGCGGCGGCGGCAGCUGCUGCAGGCUACGGCCGGUCCCCUGUGGUGGGCUACGAGUCUCCACACCCACAUAUGAGGGUCCCUGGGCUGCCUGCCAGCCUGCAGUCAGCCGCCUCCGGGAAGCCCGCCUACUCCUUCCAUGUGAGCGCCGACGGACAGAUGCAGCCGGUGCCCUUUCCCCCCGACGCCCUGCUGGGUCCGGGGAUCCCCCGUCACGCCCGGCAGAUCCACACCCUGAGCCACGGGGAGGUGGUGUGCGCCGUCACCAUCAGCACCUCCACGCGCCACGUCUACACCGGAGGCAAAGGCUGCGUCAAGGUGUGGGACAUCAGCCAGCCGGGCAGCAAGAGCCCCAUGGCCCAGCUGGACUGUCUGAGCUCUCUGUCCAAUGGGGAUAAGGGUCGGCAGGCAGACUACCUCAGCAACGGCAAGAAGAGGAAAGCUGAUGAGAAGGAGUUCAUGACAGACUAUGGCAGCGAUGCGGAUAAGAGUGAUGAUAAUUUGGUGGUGGAUGAGGACCCGUCGUCCCCCCGCAGCGUUCAGUCCUACUCGUCCAGGGAGAACGGUUUGGACAAGAUGCCUCCGUCCCGUAAGGAAGGUCCUCCGCAGGCCAGCCCCACCUCGCUGGCCUCGUCCAGCAGCGCCACCUCCCCGUCUCGUGGCAAAGAUCCCCCACAGAGGGAGAAGUCCAGCACUCCAGGUAUGAAGCCGGGGACCCCGAUGUCUCAGGAGUCCAACACACCAGGACCAAGCGGACCUCCACAGUUCAGACCGGUGCCGGGCAAGCCGGGCGUCGACCCCCUCGCUCUGGGUCUGAGGAACCCCCUGGCGGUGCAGGGAGCCUACCCUCCGGGGGCGUUCGGCCUGCCCCCUCCAGGGGUGAACGGGGACCUGCCCGGGGCGGCGGGCUACGGCGCCGGCCUCCACUUGGUGUCCCCGCAGAUGAACGGAGCGGCGGCGGCGGCGGCGGCGGCAGCUGCUGCAGGCUACGGCCGGUCCCCUGUGGUGGGCUACGAGUCUCCACACCCACAUAUGAGGGUCCCUGGGCUGCCUGCCAGCCUGCAGUCAGCCGCCUCCGGGAAGCCCGCCUACUCCUUCCAUGUGAGCGCCGACGGACAGAUGCAGCCGGUGCCCUUUCCCCCCGACGCCCUGCUGGGUCCGGGGAUCCCCCGUCACGCCCGGCAGAUCCACACCCUGAGCCACGGGGAGGUGGUGUGCGCCGUCACCAUCAGCACCUCCACGCGCCACGUCUACACCGGAGGCAAAGGCUGCGUCAAGGUGUGGGACAUCAGCCAGCCGGGCAGCAAGAGCCCCAUGGCCCAGCUGGACUGUCUGAACAGGGAUAACUACAUCCGCUCCUGUAAGCUGCUCUCCGACGGGCGAACCUUGAUUGUCGGCGGAGAGGCCAGCACGCUGUCGAUCUGGGAUCUGGCCACGCCGACUCCCCGCAUCAAGGCGGAGCUGACGUCGUCCGCUCCCGCCUGCUACGCUCUGGCCAUCUCCCCCGACAACAAGGUCUGCUUCUCCUGCUGCAGCGACGGCAACAUCGUGGUCUGGGACCUCCACAACCAGACGCUGGUCAGGCAGUUUCAGGGCCACACGGACGGAGCGAGCUGCAUCGACAUCUCCAACGACGGCACCAAGCUGUGGACGGGCGGCCUGGACAACACGGUCCGCUGCUGGGACCUCCGAGAGGGACGCCAGCUGCAGCAGCACGACUUCACCUCGCAGAUCUUCUCUCUGGGCUACUGUCCGACGGGCGAGUGGCUGGCCGUGGGGAUGGAGAGCAGCAACGUGGAGGUCCUGCACGUCUCCAAACCCGACAAGUACCAGCUGCACCUCCACGAGAGCUGCGUCCUCUCGCUCAAGUUCGCCUACUGCGGUAAAUGGUUCGUGAGCACGGGCAAAGAUAACCUCCUGAAUGCGUGGCGGACGCCGUACGGAUCCAGCAUAUUCCAGUCGAAGGAGUCCUCGUCAGUGCUCAGCUGCGACAUCUCCCCCGACGACCAGUUCAUCGUCACCGGCUCCGGGGACAAGAAAGCUACAGUCUACGAAGUCAUCUACUGAACUCUGAUUGGCUUAAAACAACAACAACAACAACCAAUAAUCAGGGGGCGGAGUCACGGCUCCACUCCUGCAAC